UAGCAAUGGAUGUCACAAGAAAGGUGCUAUGCGGGAAUGAUUUGUUCAACCCAGUAAUAGCAAUGGGGUUACAAGCUUCUUUGCUUCUUUCUGUUUCUCAUCUCCUUCAGAUUGCUGUUAAGUCUAUUGGCAUUCCCACGCCUAUUCCUCAAAUUACUGCUGGGUUAUUGAUCGGUCACUCACUAUUAUCAAAGAUAAAGCCACUAGAAAGUUACUUCAUCCAGUCUAAUUCUGCAGACUACUACAAUGUAUUGGCCUUUUUCGGUAGAACUUGUGUUGUGUUUUUGAUUGGCCUAGAGCUGGAUAUUGCCUAUAUGAAGCGCUAUUUGCGUAGUGCUAGUAUUGUGACACUUGCUGCGUCAUUACCAUGUAUCAUCAUCUCAGGAGCCAUCUCAGUCUUUAUGUUUCAGUAUUUUAUAAAGAAACAAGAAAACUUUGCGACAUUCUUGUUUAUUUUUAUGUUAUCGGUUGCAAACUCCGCUUCUCCUCUAGUUAUCCGCUUCAUAGCUGAAUUAAGAUUGGGAACUUCUGAAUUUGGACGUUUAGCAGUAUGUUCGUCGUUGCUAAAUGAUAUCACUUGCAUAUUAUGCGGGGGUCUAGUGAUGAAGACUGUAGAAGACGGUAAAUUCAAAUGGGGGGAAUGGAUUUGGUCGUUGCUUUUCACGGCUAUAGUGAGCUUUGCAGUUAGACGCGCUGCCCUUUUACUUAACAAGUGUAGUCCAGAACGCCAGUACUUAAAGAACACCCAAAUCAUACCUUUAUUCCUUUUUGUUCUGCUUAGUGCAAGUUUUGUCGAUAGAUGGGGAGCUGCGAAUAGCUUGUUGACCGCAUUGGUUUUAGGGGUUACUUUCCCUCGCCAAGGAAAAACUGCUCGGACUAUGACUCACAAGCUUUCUUACGCUGUUUAUACCUUUGUGCUCCCUAUUUACUUUGGCUAUACUGGUUUUCAAGCUAACUUUGCGGAUGCCGCCAUACUCAAGAAUUUUGUCGGGGUUAUUGUGAUUGUAACAUUAAGCAUCAGUGGCAAGAUUUUAGGUGCUCUCAUUGCUUGCCAAUACUUGAAAAUUCCAUUAAAAGAAGGGAUAGUUCUUGGUUUGCUACUUAAUCUAAAAGGUCAUUUUGAUGUUAUGAUCUUAGGCGCUGUCCGACUAAAAAUAGACUGGAAUAAUAGUUUUAUCGAGGUGAUGCUGAUGACGACCAUACUCAAUACGCUAAUUUGUGGGAUUGUGGUAGCUUUUAUAGUUUUGAAAGAUACCCGUACGUUUGCUUACAAGGCAAUUACCCUUCAGAAGCAAAACCCGGAAAAAGAGCUACGAGUGUUGGCUUGUGUUCAUGGUCCUCGUAACAUUCCAACUAUGGUUAAAGUCAUCGGAUGGUUGAGCUGGUCAAAAGAUUUACCGAUAUGUGCUUACCUUAUGCACUUGGUCGAACUUCUCCCAAAGAAGAGGACUAGUAAGAUGUAUCACCAAUUAGAGGAUGAUGAACUUAGUGAUGAUGAUGCUUAUGGUGGAAAUGAUGCAGUCGAUAUCAACGAUGGUGUGGAUGCCUUUGUAACCAAAACGGGAAUUUUCAUUCGUCAAAUGAAGUCGGUUUCCUCUAUAUCGAGUAUGUUUGAGGAUGUGUGUAAUGUAGCUGUUGAUUUGCGAGCGUCACUUAUAAUUCUCCCUUUCCAUAAACAUCAAAGAAUCGAUGGGAAAAUGGAAAUUAGUAAGGAUGGCAUACGUGCGACUAAUCAAAGGGUGCUUCGGAACGCUCCUUGCACAGUCGCUGUUCUUGUUGAUCGAGGACUCGAGGGCUCCUCACAAGCACCAGGUUUGAAGACAAUACCACAUGUUGCAACAUUAUUUUUCGGUGGCCCUGAUGACCGCGAGGCAUUGUCACUUAGUACAUAUAUCGCGUUGCACCUUGGCAUGAAUCUUACCGUCAUUAGGUUUCUGAAAGCAUCUACUAUUGAAAACAACGGACUAGAGAGAAUCAAUGUUUCAUCACAUGGAAACAAUCAAGUUUUAAUGGCAAUGCCUAGCUGCGGAGCUGAAGAUGAGGUGGACAAUGCCUAUUUGGAGGAUUUCUACAACAGGUACGUAACCUCGGGUCAAGUAGGGUACAUAGAGAAACAUGUGAAGAAUGGAGCUCAAACUGCUAUAGCCUUAAAAGACAUUGUAGAAUUGUAUCAAUUAUUCAUAGUUGGAAAUGGAGGACGACGGAAUUCAGCUAUAACAAAUGGUAUGAGUGAUUGGGAAGAAUGCCCGGAAUUAGGCAAUGUGGGAGAUCUUUUGGCCUCAGCAGAAUUCGAUCUCAAUUGCUCUGUUUUGAUUAUCCAACAAUAUAAGCCUUCAUUAGACUGA